CUGAUAACAUUUAUUGAUAACUAUCGUGGCCUUAAUACUCUCUAGAAUAUAAUGUAUUUUUAUAGGAUGGAGGUAGUUACAGUCCUUAAACACUUCCCAGUUAUUUUUGUUUAUUAUAGAAAGUAUCUGUCUGUUUAAAAAAAAAAGGGGCGGGGGAUAAAAAAAGGAGGAUCUCAUUUGUUAUUCUGUCUUUAGGUGAGCCCAACGGUAAGCAGAACGUGUUCUAAAAGCUUGCAUCACCUUGUAUCAUUGAUGUUCCGAUGACAGAUUAAUUAGGUACAACAAAGAAUUAAUAUUAAAAAAUACUAUGUGAGAUAAGGACUUUAUAAACCGGAUACGAGGCACAUGACUAGGUUCAAGUUAAUGCCUUCAGAACAGACAACAGUUAAGUGGCUUUAAGGUAAACUAAACAGAUAAUGAGGAUUGCACUGGUUAUUUAAUGGGAGGUAUGAAGAGAACUGUUGGAUAUAAAUCCUUUGUGAAACAUAAGUUGAAAACAGACCCAAGAAAAGACAGUUACAUGGCCUUAAAAAUUAAUUUGUGAGGCAAAUGGACUUCCUCUCCUUUCUUUAGAUAUAUCAAAAACUGCUUCCACAGGAGCAUUGUCCAAAAUUGUAGACCAAAGCAGUCUCUUGCAUUUAGCUGUGAAGAUGCAAGACAGAAGCUACCAGAGGUAGAAUCUCUGCUCUCCUUGAUGCUGAGACCGAGCAAGGGGAAAGCUGGUAAUGUAGGGGAGGGAGCGUGGGAGUAUACAUGUAUGGUGCUAUUUAUAUUUCUAUUGUGGUAUAAGGGUCUUUUAUAUAUAGGUCAUUUCUUGCAAAGUUUGACUAAUAUAUCUUGCUUAUCACCUAUUUCAUUUUUAUCAGAUUUAUUUAUUCCUAAUAAAAAAAAUAAAAGCCACAAAGAAUUGUAGUAAUAUUGUUUCUAUUUGUCAAUUUUAUGCAGGCGAUCCUGUACAGGUGACUCAAACUUCUAUUUCUUCUUAUCUUAAAGAACCUACUGCACUCGAGACUGCCAAAAGAACACAGCCUAAAGGCUGCUUUCCUACACGUAUAUUGUUGUGGGCCCUUUGAGGAAAUAGAAUGUUAAAAAUAUUUCAUGAUCGGAAGCAUGCAAAGGGAAAGCAAUGAGUCACAGAAAAUCCUUGAAAACAACCAAAUAAUUGAGGUAAGUUGUUAAAGUCUCAGAUGCUUGGAGGGGAAGUUGUUGGGAGAUCUGAUUACUUGGGAGUAAAUUUGCGGUUGUUUUAUAGCCGCCCUUGGGAAUUCACUUCUGAAUUGUUGGCAGUGGUGGCAUGAUUAUUAUGGUUUUUAUUUUCCUGACAAAUAAUAAGAUCUAUGAACAAGAAGCUUUUGAUGGUAGUCCCUGUUAUUUAAUUAAAACUCUUUGGAAACAAAGUCAUAUACUUAGGCCCUCUUUCAUAUUUUAUUGUUCUAAAACAAUGUUUAUUGAAUAAUAUGCUUUCCACAGCAAAAGGCAGUAGCCCAGUGUAAGCUUUACUGUAAACAAGUAUGGUUUUGACUGCAUAGUCCAAUACUGGGUUCAGUAGUGCAAGUAUUAACAAAUAUCUCUUUAGAGAUUUGCACUGCAACGUCUCUUUUCUGCACAAUUUAUAUGAAAAGAUUUCUAAUUUUCUACCUAAAAAGGCUUAUAGUUCAAAAAAUGCCUCUAAACAACAAGAAUGGUAGAUCAGGUAAAUCACUUUAUCUCAGUAGAAGUUUAAUCCUGAAAAAUAAAGCCAUUUAUAUUGUAACUGCUAAUCAGAGCAAAAAGCCUCUGUGACAAUGUCAUAGUCAUUAUUGUUGCAUAUCGGGAUGAGGAGUGGGAAAGAUAAUUACAGUGAGGACUGCUGAAAGAGACGUUAAUCCUUCAAACUAGUAAAUGUGAUCACAUUUAUGGGGGGAGGGAAAGAGGAUACAAGCCUCUCUUUACAGGAAAAAAUUCAAUCCCUUUUUAGGAACCCAAAUGCCAGACUGCAUUGUGCCACACUGUGGUUGCCAUUUGUGUCACCUGUCAAAUCCUGCCAUUUUUCCUUAACAAACAGCAUCCGUUAAGAAUCCGUAAUAUUAAAAGUAUUGAACCAGAUUCUUCUUUAUUCAAGCAUUAUAAUUUGAUUUUAUGCUGUCUUUACAACAGGAACCAGUCCUGACAAUCUAUAUUUCUUAUUAUUUGUUGCCUAUGCCUUUUUGAAUUUGUGAUUUCAGUAUAACGAGGCUUUACAAAUUACUGCGUUAGCAAAAGACGUGGUAAAUAUAAAAUACAAUGAUUGGCAGUUUGAACACAAAAUGUUCACCAAGCGAUUGUGGUGUAUCCAUGCAACACAAAACUAUAAUGGAAUAAGUAUGAUAGAAAAGAUUGCUCUAAAAGACAGACCUGCAGCAAUGAUUGUAGGGAAAUGUAUGUACGAGAAGACCUGGAAUUCCACUUACGUUGUUUUCUACCCACUUGUUUCAAAGUAAGUUAUCCUCACUUCUUCAGUUGGAAUGGAUGUGUAAGACAUUUUUCUUACUUGUCCCUGCACUAAUUAGUAAAACGUUUGAAGGGGGGCAGUCAAAUCAUCACUGUUCAGAGUACGCUGCUGUUGGCACAAAGUUUAGCCCCCCAAGCUUAUCUGAAUAUCAAUAUCUUGGCUCCAGUUUAUUUUUUAAAAAAAACCAACACCUUCCCCAAAUGGCUACAAAAAUGGCAAUAAGAAUGCUUUUUAGAGGGAUGCACUGAUUAGGAUGACUGAGUAUCCUGCUUUGCUGCUCUUCAGGAAAAUAUGUAUUAAUUAUCUCACUAAGGAAUAGAUAACUUCAAAACUCUAGGCUGAAUUAUUUUUCCAGUGUGGAUCCUGACACGCAGCAGGUCCACAAGAAAAUUCAGAGAGAGAUCUGAAGAAUUUAAAAAACCUUUUCUUGAAGGUAAUGCAUUACUAACUAUAUAUUAUAAUGAAGAAGAAAAUGAAUGCAAAUAAAGUAUACUACUUUAUUUCCAGCAACAGUUCAGUUUCUGUAAGGUGCAAAGCACCUUUCGUUACAAGUGUUUAUACCAGGUAGCUGCCAGGAUGCAGCUACUGGGAUUUAACUGCCUUAAAUUGCAGGUAACAGCUUCAUUUCUUCCUGGGAGGGCAAUGAAUGCUUAUAUCUGCAUCUGAUAAUUAUGAUCAGUUCUCAGCCUACCAUUGAAAGGAACUGAGAGAGCAGUUGUUCACUGACUAAGAAUGCCGAGAGACUACAAGAAUACCAUUUCUUAUUAUAAGAAAAUUUAACAAUUAUCUAUUUUUAUAAAGAGAAGAUCAGUUGGUAAAAUCCCUGUCAGUUCUAAACAUUAACUAAAUUUAAUAAUAUAAUCAAGUGGGUAUUGCAGUAUUUUAGUUGUCACAUCACUGUCCCCAUCUGGUAGCUGAUCCGUGCGCUGAUGCAUUGAGCCUGAAAUUCACAGUCCGAUUCCUGUGACUGAACCUGAAUAUGUAAGGGUCAUGGCCGAAACUGCAGUUUGCGUUGGAACGUUCACUGCUGUGAAGACACUUUGGGAAGUGAGAAUACACAAGAUAAAUGAAGAAUUACAGAGAGAAAAGGAAUUCAGACAGAGGUGUGCAGGAAGGCUACUACUUGUCUGGGAGGAGAGAGCUGCUUUAGCAAAGCUCAAGGAAAAAGUGAUUAAUGAAGGUGGAAGAGCAAUUUUAAGGAUAGAGGAAGAAGAAUGGAAGACACUACCUUCGUGCUUACUGAAAUUAGUCCAUCUCCAGGAGUGGCAGCUUCACAGAACUAGUUUGCAGAAAAUUCCUCAGUUCAUUGGAAGAUUUCACAAUCUUCUUGUUCUCGAUCUAUCCCGGAACUCAAUUGAAAGUGUACCUAAAGAAAUUGGCCAGCUGACUCGCCUUCAAGAGCUGCUUCUCAGUUACAACAGAAUAAAGUCUGUUCCUAAGGAAAUAAGUAACUGCGUCAGCCUGGAAAGAUUGGAACUGGCUGUCAACAGGAGCAUCUGUGAUCUUCCUCCUCAGCUCAGUGAUUUAAAGAAGCUUUCACACAUAGAUUUGUGCAUGAAUCAGUUUACUACCAUCCCUUCAGCUCUUCUCAACAUGCCAAAUCUAGAAUGGUUAGAUAUGGGGGGGAAUAAACUCCAGAAGCUUCCUGAUGCAAUUGACAGAAUGGAAAAUCUCCACACCUUAUGGCUCCAAAGGAAUGAGAUAAACUCUUUGCCAGAAACCAUUGGUAAUAUGAAAAAUCUUAGUACUCUUGUUCUUAGCAACAACAAACUUAGGGAUAUUCCAGCUUGUAUGAAGAGCAUGGCAAGUCUGAGAUUUGUCAACUUCAGAGACAACCCGCUGGAGUUAGAGGUAACGCUCCCUCCAUGUGAGAACACAGAAGAGGAGGAGCAACGGGAAAUGUUUGGCAUUGAAUUCAUGCACAUGUAUAUCCAGGAGUCACUCAAGAGAACAGGUAUGGAUUUUUUAAUGAAUUCUAAUCCCUCUGUAAUACAGGGAGGAAGGCAAGGAUAAAGAACGCUAGGAUAUAUAUACAAAUGAAACAUGAAUAAUCUUCUUAAUAAAUGAUUAAUAUUUUCCAAAAAUCUGUAAACAGAUUUUUACUGAGGGCAGGGACACUUUUGUCUGGAUUUGGCACAUUAGGUCUUCACACAAACAGCAUCUGUUCUAGUAGGAACAUACUGGGACCAUGGAACAUUGGAAUACAUGUGCCUGAGUUACCUACAGCCUGGAUAACUCAAGUUGAUGACUGUCUCUUGCAUUUGCAAUUUAACCAGAGUUUACAUAGUGUAGCUCUUCCAGCACCAUUUGUCUCAUGAAGCUCAACUUUCCCUAUUUUUGGAUGUUGUCCAGACGGCGACUCCCUGAGGAGGAUGUAAGGGUGAGAUGCCUAUGUUCCCAACAUACAACAUUUUUUAGCAAUGAAUUAUCAACACCUGAUAAAGAGAUGUUUUUCACAGCCUGCUUUCCCAGAUAGAAAAUGCAGUUGCCUGAACAAAACACCCCCACAGUUUCAUCCCAUCUCUAAAUCACUAUGACAAAAACAUGCUGUUAGCAGUCUCAAAGCAAACAGCUUAAAGGUUGCAGUAAGAGACCAAAAAUACGCACUUUUGAACACAUGUGCAGGUGGCAGCUGUUACUUGCAGUAAGAACUUAAUUCACCACAGAUAUAAAACGUUCUCUCUGAUAUUCGUUCUAUAUAUUGUGAAGGCUUAAAAAAAGGAAUGACUGAAAUGCUCUUGAUUCAGAACGCUAAGCCAGCUUUUUUCUUCUCACUAUUUCAUGAAUGAUCAAAUUGGCAAAAUUAUAUCACGAUGACAGUUUACAAACAAGUUUUCUUCCUUAACAGUUCCCGUAGCAGCAUGGGCUGAUGGAAUUACCUAGGCCUACUUAAAUAAUUUAAGAGGAUAUACAAAGCUAUCCUGAACUUCAAAGGGAAAAUAAAGUAUGUUAACUUCCCUUAUUUUAAUCCAUUGUCUUUCAGGAAGUCUGGAAAGUUGUACUUCUGGUCCUUCUCCUAUCAUAAAUGCUAACGAAUAAAGAACGUAACUGUGAACAGAAGAAAAGAUCAAGUAUACUUCUUCCUAACAAAGAGGCGUACAACAGGUUUCAAAUAUUCUUAGGGAUUUUAUUUUUCCACUGAUGAGAACUGGUUUGCAUAUUUGUAAUUCCCAGUGAAACUAGGAAAUAUAAGACCUUUCCUGGGUAUAGGAAAGGCUAAAAGAGUUUUGGGGUGUUUUUUGUAUGCAAUAAUUAGCUUUUUAAAAAAAUGCAGAUAAGUUUUAUAGUUUUUCUUUUCCCUACCAAUGCCAAAUCUAUCUCCUGUCAUGUAGUUGGCUCUGGUAUCCAAGAUGGACUUGGGACAGCUGUCAACAGGACAUUCUCCAAGGACACAGCAGACUCUGUAUAAUACUGUAGUGCAGCCUUGUAUCCUCGUUGUUGUAAAUAUUCAAUCCGUCCAUGAUCAAUCAGCCGUUUACAGAGGCAACCUAUCUCCUUUCGUUCUUCAACAGUAAGUAUCCUAGUUUCACAAAGAGGAGGAAGAGGAACAACAUAUGCCAGAAGAAGAGUGUUGUUAAUUAACAUUAGUAGUUAAGCUUAGAAAAACUACUGAAAUCACUAAGUUCAUUUCAAUUCAGGCCAGCAUGACUGUUUAAAUAUUUUGAAACAUAUGUCCAUGAAAAUUGUUUGUUUUAAAGUAGAAUAUUUUUAUAAAUUUAGUAAUUAAAGCAUUUGAUAAAUGA